CAUUCGAGCCUGUCUUUGUACGUACGUCCAAAACAACAACUGAUGGUCGCCGACUAAAUACAAUACUACUCGUAAUAAAGCUACAUACUUGACAUUAAGCAGGCAUCAACAGAAUCAACUUGGCAUUGUUACUUACGCAUCAUGGUAUAAAGGUGCAAUUCUUACAGGUCUCAUCUCAGACGCAAAAAGAACCUUGUCCGCUCAUCAACGGUGAGAAACGGGGACUCUAACUAAAGCAAAUGAAAUUGUGUUGUUAUUUAAUAGCAGUAGCAGCAGUGUAGUUGUGUUUGUGUGCAUCUAACAUAAAUACUUUUUAUCCUAAUAUUUAGGUUCACAACUGUGCGUUAUUAUUUACUUUCUAAUAUUGCGUAAUUGUAAAAAGUACCACUAUGUAUAGUCUUAAAAUGGGGGAAGGUGUUCUUAAUAAGGGACUUGCAAUUUGUGUGUUUUUGGGAAUGUUGCUCAAAUCGGGAAGCGGUGCUCCAAGUUUAGCUCAUGGGGUUUCAAGUGGUACUCAAGUUUUAGUCAUUACCACGACGGAGGAUUCGGCGACGGAUGCCACCACGGUGGCCCCUUCUUUACUUGAGUCUUGGGAGGUUGACACGAACAAUAACUUAAGUAUCGACGAUAAGCCGGCGGUGACUUCCUCGUUCAUGGAGUCAGCUCCUAUGGCAAAAAUCAAGUCUACAAAACCGGAAAUCUAUUCCUUUAAGAUUAAAUCUGAUAUAAAAUACCGGUAUUGCACGACGCACGUCACAUCACGAGUUGCCAAUCGGGAUUCCAAGUCUCAAGAAGUAUCUUUCAGAGUGAUUUUACCUGAAACUGCCUUCAUCUCCAAAUUCAUCAUGGAAAUUGAUGGGAAGCAGUACGAAGCCUACGUGAAAGAAAAGGAAGAAGCGAAAAAGGUUUACUCUGAAGCUCAGAGUCAAGGUCACUCGGCUGGACUUGUGGAAGUAAGCACCAGGAACUCUAACACAUUCAACGUUAACGUUAAUAUUCGUCAACAGUCAAAAGUAACUUUCAACUUGACAUACGAGGAACUCUUGACUCGACGUCUUGGAAAAUACGAGCAAGUAAUUAACAUCGUACCCGAUCAGGUGAAGUCCGUUAAAGAUUUCCAAAUUGUGGUCAACAUUGAAGAAUCUCAGAAUAUUACAUUUUUGCGAGUCCCCAAUUUGCGAAACGAUAUUGAAUCUGUAUCUGACAUGCAAGGAAAUAACAAAGAUGCAAUAAUAGUCCAAGACGGCAACAAAGCCAAUAUUUCAUGGUCUCCUAGUUUAGAUGACCAAGAAAAACUGUCCGAGCAAGGCGUUGGUGGAAAAUUUGUCGUGCAAUAUGACAUCAACAGGGACUCCACGUCUGGAGAAGUUCUGGUCAUGGAAGGAUAUUUUGUGCAUUUUUUUGCUCCAGAGAAUUUGAAGCCUUUGCGAAAACAUGUCGUAUUCAUUUUGGACAUCUCGGGCAGCAUGUGGGGAAGAAAAAUGGAACAACUCAAAGAAGCGCAAAAAAAAAUUCUGGAUGAUCUGAAUGCAGAUGAUUUCUUCAACAUAAUCACUUUCUCCGGAGACGUAUUUUUGUGGUCACCCAAGGAUACUACAAGCACGAAGCAUUCUGGAUGGUACCCUCCCUCCUUUUUGUCAAGCUCUUCAAAAAAGCAAAGCGCAGAAAAGCAACAACCUUAUUCCGCAACUCCCGAAAACAUUGUGAAGGCCAAAGCUUUCAUAGAUUCCUUAAUCGCAAGUGGAGGAACAAACAUUCAUGAUGCCAUAAUCACCGCCAUCGACCUUACUUCUACGGUUAAACUCGCAAGGGAUGGGGUUUUCCCAUCAACCGAUGAAAUUGAAGAAGAGCUCCCUGAACCCCUUGCCAUGGUGGAAAUUGUGAAAAUGAGCAGCAACUCGUCCGCGGAAGAGGUUGUCACUGAGAUCGACAUUACGACAACAUCUAGCACCACAAGCAGAAAGCCAGCUAUUCGACGAGUUCUCCCAGACACAAUCCUCCCCAAAAAUGUCGAGUCCCUCAUCAUUUUUCUUACAGACGGAGAGCCAACCGUGGGGGUGACCGACCCACCCUACAUUCGCGAGCUUAUUCAAGCUGCCAAUAAGAAUCUCACUCUCCCAAUUUUCUCGCUUGGUUUUGGAGAAGGGGCAGAUUUCCCCUUUUUAAAAAAACUAUCACUUCAAAACUAUGGAUUUGCCAGAAAAAUUUACGAAGCCUCAGAUGCAGCCUUGCAACUUAAAGGAUUCUACAAUGAAAUAGCUUCUCCUCUCUUGGCCAAUGUUAUGUUUAAUUACACAUCGCUAGAACACAACGUGACGGAUGUAACAGUAACCGCUUUUCCAACUGUUUUUGGCGGAACAGAAAUUGCCGUCGCAGGACGCCUUGUUCCUUUGGCUCAAACUGAAACGUCCGAAUUUGAUGAUGGUGUUGAGCAAGCAACUGAAGGAACCACUACAAUUUUAAGCACGAUAAAUGAAAACACAACAUCCAACUCUAAUUCCACAGUACCACUUGCUGAUAACGCCCCGCUUGAUGAUAAGACACUAAUUCUAUCCAAUAAAAACAUCUUGGAUGUUGGAAUAAUUGCAUCUGGCCGAGAUGGAGUCGUUAGCUUUAAGCCACCUCCCAUUUUCUGUCACCCAAUUGACCGUGAUGAUAUUAUUCGUCCACCAUUUCCACCUAGACCAACUUCACCCCCGACUGCAGAAGACAAGUUCCUUGAACGACUUUGGGCUUAUUUAACUAUUCAACAACUAAUUGAGCAGGAUCUGAAAAAUGAGGAUACGAGAAAUAAUGAGAUUCCUGCAGAUUCAAGUCUUUCUGACCCUGUUUCAUCAACUAUGGGUCCAGAGUCGCAAACGGUAUCAAACUCAUCUUCAAACACAACGGAAAAUACAAAACCAGAGACGUCUAAGCAACACGCUAUUAGAUUGGCGUUGAAGUAUGGCUUCGUUACUCCAUUUACGUCUCUUGUGGUCGUAAAACCGAACAGCAGCGAUGUGACAAAUACCGUCCCGGCGGAUGCCCCAACAUCUGACACCGCAGACAGCCUUUCGUCACCACAAAGCAUGCAUUACUUUGCUGUAGUCCAACCACAACCUUUGAGUCUGCAAGGAGGAGGCUUGGCGAACCGCAUUGUGGGUGGAUCGCCAGCAAUGCACCAACCUUUGUACUCGUCCAUUCGAAGACGUCCUGCAGGUUAUGGUCACCCACUCACAACAACCCACAGACCAAGACCAACUUCCGCCUUUCCAGCACCAUUCUUCUCCACAGCCAUAUUGACAGCGGAUUAUGAGGUGACCUCUGUAGAAACGACGGAAGGAGAGACCUACUUUACAGAAAGAACGACUUCAAAAAACCUCACCUUGAAGGACAUUCAAUGGAUCACAAACAGUAGCAAUCCUUCCUUUAUUCAGAUCAAUGAGACUGACUACACCAUUGCUGUUGAUACCACGGUUGCAGUUUCGCAAAAAUCAGAAUGCAGUAUCAACGAAGAAGGAACUGGACAAUGUCUUCAUUUAAGGGAUUGCGUCCAAAAUGAGUUUAUUGCAGAUUUUGGGCUGUUUAAAAGUUCUUAUUUCUGUCCUAUUCAAACUACCACCACGUCAAAUGUUUCCUAUGUUGGCGUCUGCUGUUCUUCCGCGGAAUCUAACCAGCAAACUACAGCAACACCGUUCAUGCUCCCAUAAAAAUCAUAAAACUUAUUCAAGUAUGCAAUUUAGGAUAUGAAAGUGUAAAAUCAAAUGCAAUAAUAUCACAAGAAGUUGAUGAUCUCUGCGAAAUUUUAA